AUGGGUACCAAACUGUGGGCUAUAGUUCUCUUAGUCACAUUGCCUUCGGGCUUAUUAGCACAGGAUGUAAUUUUAGAUGAUGGAGACGAUUCCAUAAGUUCUGCUGAGUCUCAAGCCCUGGCCCAAUCAGUUGCUGAGGGAGAUGACGAUGGCGGUUUAGGACUAUCAAAUGCUUACGCAAGUUCAAUAGCUCAAUCUGGCGCGGACGGAUAUGGUGGUGACAGUGGAGCUCAAUCUCUAGCCAACGCCUAUUCUCAGUCGGGUAGCGAUGGAUACGGCGAUGAUGGCUACUCGCAAUCUCAAGCACUGUCAAACGCUUACAGUGGAGCUGGUGGAGAUGGGUCAAAUUCAAUAGCUUCAGCUAACGCUGCCAGCAGAGCUGGUGGAAAAGGACGAAAUGUAGCACAAUCACAAGCCAUCGCAAGAGCUGCUAAUCUAGGUUACGGUGGACAAAGCGGUGCCCAAGCAGGAUCAUAUUCGCUCUCAGGAGGACAAGGCAGAGGAGGUGGCUAUGGACAGAGUUCAGCACAAACAAGAGCAAGUGCAGGAGGCGGCAAAGGCGGUUACGGCCAAAGUAUGGCCCAGGCUGGAUCAUACGCAGGGUCGGGCUCAGGAGGCAGAAGAGGAUUGUACAGAAAUCCAUUCUGGGGCUUCGGUGAAGGAACAUAUUUUGGACCACGAGGAAGAUUUGGCUCACAAUCCCGCUCCAUAGCAUCAGCCAACGCUGGUAGCAGAGGUGGCAAGUCCCAAUCACAAGCAAGUAAGUAG